AUGCAAUAUUUGACUACAUCUUUGAACAUGCAAAAUCUUUUUUGUUCUAUAUCCUCUCAAUCACAAAUAUCUACAAUUACUAUCAAUAAUAUUUCGCCCAUUAUUGCACUGAUAUCUGAAGUUGAUACAGAAGAAAUUCGCUUUAAUGCAACAGCUCAAAAAAGAAUUGCCGAUACUAAAAGAUUAGCUGAAAAACAACUUAGUGAAUUUGA